AUGUCCGGCGCCCAGAUCCCACCAGGCAAAACCUGGUUUGACACCCACAAAGUGCACUUCGACGACGUCCCCCUUUCCGACGACGGUGGCAUUUCCACUGUCGAAUUCCUCGAUGCCUCCGAAGCCACCACCACCCUCUUCGAUCUCCUGGGCUCCGUUGCCUUUACGCCUGUGAAAAACGACAUGAUGGGCAAUGUGACAAAGAUUCGGGAUCGCUACAAAGCUGCCCCUGAGGGCUCAGCUACAGUCCAACAGCUCGUCAAGACAGAAUUGGCCUCAAAAUCCCACAAAGCCACCGAAGGGUUGGUAUGGCUGACUCGUGGUCUGGAUUUCACAGCACAGGCUCUCCGGUCGGACCUCACCACCAACGCCUCUGUCAAGGCUGUGGAACCAAAGCCCAACAAGGAGCUCGCCGAUGGAUUUCGAGCAAGCUACAAGAACACUCUGGCUCCUCAUCACGGCUUAUUGAUCAAGCCCCUCUUCAGUGCCGCCAUGAGUGCCACCCCCUACCGGAAAGACUUCUACGUGCGAUUGGGAGGCGAGGGGACAGACCCAGAGACCACAAGGGAGGCGCUGGAGAAAUGGGUGGCAGCGUUGGAGAAGAGAGUGAGCAUUCUGAAGGCCUUUUUGGCCAGCAAAGAGGCGAAGUGGUGA